AUGGCCAGUAUUGUGUCCUGUGCACUCAAGUCAUCGCGACGGGCUGCUGCCGCUCCCCUGCGCAGACUACCUGCCGCAACAUCCGCGGCAGUUGCGUCGAGAUGUGCCGCCCGCCGAGGCUAUGUGUCCGAAUCGAAGCGAGAUAAUGCUCGUGUCGAGACGGCCAUCAAGCUCGACAAGAAGGACUUUGCCGACAUCCCUCCACCGUCCAUGGAGGUGCCUAGCAAUGCCAAAGUCAGUCCCAUGGCUGAGGUCUUGAAGCAGGCGGCCGUCAUGGAAGAGGGCCAGCGGCCCAUCUACCUCGACAUGCAAGCCACAACCCCCGUCGACCCCCGUGUCCUGGACGUAAUGAUCCCCUACUAUGUCGGCAUCUAUGGUAAUCCGCACUCCAGAACUCACGCAUACGGCUGGGAGAGUGAAAAGGCGGUCGAGGAGGCACGCGAACAUAUCGCAAAGCUCAUCGGCGCCGACUCGAAGGAAAUCAUCUUCACGAGCGGGGCGACAGAGAGCAACAACAUGAGCAUCAAGGGUGUCGCUCGAUUCUUUGGACGUUCAGGAAAGAAGAAGCACAUCAUCACCACACAGACAGAGCACAAGUGUGUGCUCGACAGCUGUCGGCAUCUCCAGGAUGAGGGUUUUGAGAUCACCUAUCUCCCUGUCCAGAACAACGGCCUGAUCAAGAUGGAAGAUCUCGAGGCUGCCAUCCGCCCCGAGACAGCCAUCGUCAGUAUCAUGGCCGUGAACAAUGAGAUCGGUGUUAUCCAGCCCAUACACGAGAUCGGAAAGCUGUGCCGCAAGCACAAGGUUUUCUUCCACACUGAUGCUGCACAAGCUGUCGGGAAAAUCCCGCUGGAUGUCAACGCCAUGAACAUCGACUUGAUGUCCAUCUCUUCGCACAAGAUCUACGGGCCCAAGGGUAUUGGUGCCUGCUAUGUCCGAAGAAGGCCCAGGGUCAGAUUAGAUCCCAUUAUCACAGGUGGUGGACAGGAGAGAGGUCUCCGCAGCGGUACUCUUGCACCUCCCCUCGUCGCAGGUUUCGGAGAAGCUUGCCGUAUCGCUCGAGAAGAGAUGGAGUAUGAUUCGAAGCGUAUCAAAUAUCUUUCCGAUCGACUCCUGAACGGUCUCCUUGCUCUCGAACACGCAACUCAAAAUGGCGAUCCCAAGUCCUUCUAUCCCGGCUGCGUGAACGUUUCUUUCGCCUAUGUCGAGGGCGAGUCCCUCCUCAUGGCGUUGAAGGACAUUGCGCUCUCAUCUGGUAGCGCUUGUACUUCGGCUUCCCUGGAACCCAGCUACGUUCUCCGUGCGCUUGGAAACAGCGACGAGAGCGCACACAGCAGCAUCCGGUUCGGUAUUGGCCGAUUCACUACAGAGGAGGAGAUUGACUACGUCCUCAAGGCUGUGCAGGAGCGUGUCACCUUCCUGCGUGAGCUGAGUCCCCUCUGGGAGCUUGUCCAAGAGGGUAUUGAUCUCGAUACUAUCCAGUGGAGCCAACACUGA